CUUACAACGGCGGGGAACCUGCGGUCUACCAUCUACCAGGGUCACCGUCACACGAAAGACCACCAUGAAACGUGCCAACCCAUUUUGCUGUCCUAUUCACAAUCGUCCCUCAACCCCUUCCUCCACGUUCUCCAUCCACCCCUCUGCUGGCAGAGGUAUAACUCUGAGGUUCUUGUCGUUUCAUUUGCGUCUCCUUCCUUCUUCCUUCUACCCAGCUUUCGUCCCGUCAUUGCAGGCUCCCUGACACGUUUGUGCGACACAUUGCACUUCGUCUUUCUUUCAGCAAGGCUAGUCCUUCGUUCUAUCAUUCGCCAGCGGCAGAGCUACGCUCGCGGUCACUCUUUCACCCAACCAGGUCCUUCAUUGAUUGAAUCGACUACCAGAUCCCCCAGGCGGGCCGCUCAUACAAUCCGUAUACGAUACCUCAAAUCCCUUUCUGCAAGACUACCCGUUAAGCGCUAUCUCCAUCGCAAGCUUACUCAUCUGAUCCAACAUGGUUGCCACGCUCUUCUCUGUGGCAUUGUUCGCCUCAGCCGUUUUGGCUCAUCCUAAACGACACGAACGAUUCCACUUCGGUACAGGCAGUGGCACCGGGGGUGGCUGGGCUAUGCCAACUGGUGGUAUAUUCCCCAUGAAUGGCACAGCGCACACCAAGGGCUCAGACUCCGGUGCCUCCUCGGUGGAGUCCCCAUCUUCUAUUGUGGCUACAGCCACAGCUGUCAGGACUGUCACUGUCCAGCCCAUCCCGCUUGAGUCGACUUCUCCCGAUACGGCUACUGGCUUCUCCAGCGCGCCAGAGGUUGCGGCAGUCGCUUCCAAUACCGGCUUCGCGAACACAGAUGUUGCUGCAACUGUUGCUGCAACUGUUGCUGCAACCGAUGUUGCAACCGAUGUUGCCAUGUCAUCGUGCUAUGUCUUGACUUCGACCAUCACCGCCACUUCUGUUCAGUACGUCACGGUCACAGCAACUGCUGGCGUUGGCGGAUCUGAAGACUCAGGCGAGAACUUUGGCACUCCUUCGAGCUCCGCAGUAUCUAUUCCCUCGGGAGGUGCCGGUCAAUUCUUCGGUGCUUCGUCGAGCUCCACCUCUGCGUCGGUACAAUCUGAAGGUCCUGGCGGGUUCUAUGGUGCUCCCUCAAGCUCAACCCUGACUUCAUCGACUACAUCUGGACUAAGUGGUCUGUCUCCCUCGAGCUCAAUCAGCCUCGUCGCUGGUACUCCCACCGCCGGCGAAUUUUUCCCCAAUCCAGGAAAGGGUACAAACACCCCGUCCAUUGGUGGUGGCCCUUCGCUAUCUGCUCCAUCAUUUGCUCCUUCAUCCUCGCCAAUGGUCGUCCCAACGACCUUCGCCACUGUGACAGGAAGCUCACCCGCUUCAAGCUCGGCAGCUAGUGCCUCUUCCGCAUCAUCGCCCUCAUCAAGCCCAAGCUCUUCUCCUAGCACAGGAUCGUCGGGCAAGAAGGGUCUUUCGUACAACGAUGCCUCUUUGACCGACGCCUUCGCGGGCAAGGGCGUGAGCUGGGCCUACAACUGGGCUGCUUCGCCAGAUGGCACGAUCGUCUCGGGUGCUGAAUAUGUCCCCCUUCUUUGGGGCCAAGAUUCCAUCUCGGGUUGGUCCAGCGCUGUUCAGUCUGCCAUUGCCAGCGGAUCCAAGCAUGCCUUGGCUUUCAACGAACCUGAUCUUAGCUCCCAAUCAAACAUUGAUCCUGCAACGGCUGCCCAGCUGUACAUCGAUAACAUGAACCCACUCUCCGGUCAAGUUCAGCUUGGGUCGCCCGCCAUCACCAACGGCGCAGGAACCAGCCCCCUCAUGGGCAUCGAUUGGCUCAACGCCUUCUUCGAGGCAUGCAAUGGCCAAUGCAAGGUCGACUUUGUCGCGUUUCACUGGUACGAUUCAGCUAGCAACAUGGGAUAUUUCCAGAGUCACGUCCAGGAUGUCAUCACUGCUGCCAAGGCCAAUGGCGUCAGCAAAGUCUGGCUCACUGAGUUCGGUGCCAGCGGCGACGACAGUGACGUUGCCAACUUCCUCACCCAAGCCAUGGCAUUCCUCGACUCGACCGAAGAAGUUGAUAGGUACGCGUACUUCAUGUGCUCCGACGGCAUCCUCGUCGAUGGCAGUUCGAUCUCAUCGCCUGUCGGCUCCGCCUACGCGGGCUAGGAGACGUGAAACCCGCUAUCCUUUCUGAACCACUCGGCGUGCCUGACUUUACAAGCAUUUCACACGCCGGUUGGGAGACUUUACAUUAUAACUUCUAUGUACUAUAUUUUGACAGCAAGAGAAAGGAAACCUUUUGAGACCAAUUUCAACUUAGCGAACGGAAACUAGCAUUUUUCUUUUGGGUUCAGGAUUUUUCGGUGGACAAAAACCCCGAGAAUAUCCUUCUUGCAGGUCUGGAAAUGGGAUCACAGAAACAUUUUGACUAGGAUCACACAUCAUCACCAUCAUCAUCAUGGGUUGGAUAUUUUGUCUGGGAAACAGCAAAAGCAAAGAAAGCCGUUUUAUCGUCUUGUUUUUCCCCGAUAGAAAUCGAAAGAUCUGACUACAUUUGUCACACCUCAUGACGACGGACUCUUUUAACGGCUUUAACGAAGAGCGAAUCAAAUCAGAAUCAUAUCAAGUGCAUGAAACCAGUUAUUAAAGCAUAUGUUUGACAGGUCAAUCUCGUGCGAUUCUGUUCUGUCAUUUGACGCCUCCGAUCCAUCUCACCACUCGUUAUUCUAUGUCGUGAAACUACCUCCUUAAAUACCGUGCCUAGGACCCGUCAGAGGCAGGCAGG